AUGGCAACGCGCAGCCAAACGCUACGCGAUCGUCAAGUUGCGUCCAUCGAGCGAAUAUUGAGCCUCAACCAUGAUGUGCCUACGAUUGAAGGUGGCAGCCAAGAUCCCGGGGCAGGCCAGCACCAGAUCGAUGCCUUGCUCAACGAAGAGGGCGAGCCUGUGUGGAAGGUCCUCGUGUUCGACAAUCUUGGGCGCGAUGUAAUCAGCAGUGUUCUCAGAGUCAGUGAUUUACGGAGCAAGGGCGUUACGAUACACUUAAACAUAAAUUCCACACGAUAUCCGAUACCUGACGUCCCAGUCCUGUACCUUGUCGAGCCGACGAUCGCCAACAUCCAGAUGAUAUGUUCCGACCUGUCGAAAGGGCUGUACUCGACUGCCUAUGUCAACUUCAUCUCCUCCGUCCCACGGACUGUACUCGAAGAGUUCGGGGCGCAAAUAGUGUCAACCAAUACCUCCGAAAGCAUUGCGCAGGUAUUUGACCAGUACCUCAACUUCAUUGUUGCAGAGCCCGAUCUGUUCAGUCUCGGCAUGGGUAAGGAGUCGUAUUGGACCUUCAACAGCGCAAAGGUUGAGGAAGCUGUGCAAGAUGCGGCCAUCGACAAGAUUGUCAGCGGUUUGUUUUCGGUCAGCGUCACUAUGGGAGCCGUCCCAAUCAUUCGAUGUCCGCAAACAGAGCUUGCGAAGAUGAUAGCAUCAAAGCUAGACAGGAAGCUACGAGAUCACGUUCUCAAUUCCAAGGACAACCUGUUCAGCAAGAACCAGAGCAACACAUAUUCAACGCCAUCGAGACCAGUCCUCAUCAUCAUGGAUCGGAACGUGGACCUGGUGCCGAUGCUGUCACAUUCAUGGACGUACCAAUCCCUUGUGCAUGACGUACUGAAGAUGCACCUGAACCGCAUCACAGUCGAAGUGGCAGACGAGCAGAAUCCGCAGGCCAAGCCUCGGGCCUAUGAUUUGAACUCGUCUGAUUUCUUUUGGGCUCGCAAUGCCAGUGCUCCCUUUCCACAAGUCGCAGAAGACAUCGACAGAGAAAUCACAAAGUAUCAGACGGACGCCGAGGACGUCACGAAGAAGACAGGAGUGAACAGCAUCGAAGACCUAGAUGACUCCUCAGCAUCAGCUGCGCAGCUGAAGGCGGCCAUUACAUUACUGCCGGAGUUGAGAGAACGGAAGGCUACUCUGGAUAUGCAUACAAACAUAGCUACGGCUUUGCUGAAAGGCAUCAAGGAGCGACAACUCGACAACUUCUUCCAAAUCGAGGAGGAGAUCACAAAGCAGCCUCCUUCCGAAAUACUGAAUUUGAUCAGGUCGGCAGACAAGGGCAAUGUCCCGCUCGACAAGCUGAGGUUGUUCAUCAUCUGGUACCUGUCCGUUGAUCGAGAACCAUCAAAGGCAGAGUUGGCCGAAUUUGAGGCGGCUUUGAAGGAAGCUGGCUGCUCUGACUCAGUAGCAGCGCUUAAGCACAUUUCCAACGUUCGACUGGAAACAAGAGGCACCAUGAUGACCACAGUCGCAUCACAGCCACAGCAAGCCUCCGCGCCAUUAUUUGGUGGCCUGUCGUCUCUCUCGAAGAACUUGACCGACAAGCUGGCAUUGAACAUACCGGGCGUGGUGAACAUCGAUAACUUGCUGUCUGGUGUGAAGAACCUCAUGCCGGUCAACAAGGACCUCACAGUCACAAAGAUCGUGGAAUCCAUCAUGGAUCCGCCAGCGGCAUCUUCAUCGGCCAUUGCCAUGACGGAGGACUACCUGUACUUCGACCCCAGGAGUGCUCAUGCAAGAGGCACGACGGGGAUACCAGGAUCGAGGCCGGGUACCGGACAAGGAGGCGCUGGCGGUACUCAGCCGAGCUUCGGCCAAAGAAGAAUGGGAUACUCAGAAGCCAUCGUCUUCACGAUAGGCGGAGGUAGUAUGGAUGAGUAUGGCAACCUGCAGGAGUGGGUGAAGCGCACCGUGAGUCAGGGACACGCAGGACCUGGCAUUGCUGCAAAGACAAGACGUGUCAUCUAUGGCAGCACGGAGCUCGUCAACGGAGAGGAUUUCCUUGGCGAACUCGUUCGACUUGGAGCAGAUGGCUAG